AUGCAAAAUUCAUCCGAUCAAUCAAUAAUUGAUUCUCAUUUAAUAAAUUUAUAUUCACAAUUAUCUACAUUCGAUCAACAAAAUCAUAAUAUUUCAACAGCUGAUUCCAAUCGUUUAAAAUCUUUAUCAGAUUUUUAUCAUUAUAAUUGUUUACAAUUAAAAGCACGUUAUAAAAUCGAAGAAGAACGUAUUGAUCGUCGUUUUGAUUUAGAAACACGUACUACACGAGCACAAUUUGCUGCUAAAAAAACUGAAUUAAAAGGUCAUUUACUUGAUCGUUUACGACGAAAACGUAAAUUAGUUGUUGAUGAAAUGCAUUCAAUAAUUGAUAUAAAUUCACGUUCAUUUGAUAUGGAUCCAUUAUUUAUUACAAUGCAAGCUUCCAAUUCACUUCAAUCUAAAGCAUAUAAUUUCCGACAACGACCUGAUAUAGGACAACAAACAUCAAAUAUGUAUGAAGAAGAAUUUCUUUCUACAACUGGAGGAAUUCUAUCACCAAUACCACAGCAACCACCAACAGCACGUAAACGUCUUGUUGGUGCAUUUAGUAUUUUUCAAUUACCUAAAUGGACUAUUAAAGAUGAAGAAUGUGAAGAUGAUUUGAAAAAAAUUUCUAAUAUUCGAAAAUAG